AUGAGUGUCAAUACACACUGGCUUUGGGAUCAUAAAGAUUUGGAAGAUACUCCUUCAGUUCGAGAUGGUGGCAUAUCUUUGGAAGAAGAAAAUAAAUUGAGAAGGGAAGGUGUGAAGAUGAUUAAAAAGAUGGGGAAAUCUAUUAAUUUGAGAACGAAUCCAACAUUGGCCACUGCUUGUGUAUUCUUUCAUCGAUUCUAUAUGUUCAAUACGUUUGCAGAAUAUCCUACACACGUGAGUUUAAAACAUUUAGAAAAAUAG